AUGUCGGGAAAGUUGGAAGUAUCGCUUGUUUCGCAAUUGAAGUCUUCAGAACAUGUCAUACGUCACAAUAAGGUGUCCCCGUUUCGACGUUUCUCCCCUUAUAAAUCACUGCUACCCAAGCAUCCCCCCUCGAAUGCUGAUCAGUGUGAAAAUGAGAUAGGCCUCGGCUUUACUGUAGAUCGCAGGAAACUCAAUGGCGAAACCUUAGCGAACGUACCACGUUAUCAACGGCAAAUAAAAGACAUACUUGGUCCUCAAGAGCGUCGCUUGGACACCGAAACUGACUCAGACGAAACGAACCAAUUAAAGCAAGCCGACUCAUCAGAGAUAAUAAUUCUGACCCGGUACUGCUUCAACUGCAAGUCGAAAUCACACAGUUUUAAAUCCUGCCCCGAACCUCAUUCUCCAACACGUAUCAAUCAGAACCGAACAGAAUUUGAUUUAAAGAAUCCUAUGCCUCAACCUUUUCAUAGUCGAUUUCAUAUAGAAAUAAAACGGGAGAAUAUGAUAGAUCAAUUAGUUCCUGGAAAACUAUCGGAUGAAUUAAAGGAGGCGUUGGGAAUGAAGGGUUCUGUGAAUGAAGACAUACCACCAUGGUAUACCUCGAUGCGAAUGUUUGGAUAUCCACCUGGUUUGUUUACAUAUUUAGAUCCAUUGAAGGAAGCGAAAGUUAGAAGACGCAGACUAUACUAUGAAGAUGGAGAGAAUGUUAAACUACAAGUGUACGGGGUAAACGAACGUAAUGGAACGUCUCGGGAGGAAAAAUGCGAUAAUAUAGGAAAUAAAAAUGUACAUAAUUUAUUGAACGCUACCAGAGGUAAUGUGGGUGAAAAGCACGAGAAACAUGAGGACGAACAAGCUCUUGAGGACGGUGAAAUAUUAGAGGACGAUUUUGAUGUUAACCCAGUCGAACAUAAGGGUAAUAGUAAUACGAUAGACAGCAAGGAUAGCAUGUCCCCCAGCAAAAAGCGUGUUCGCCUGGUGGAAUAUCCAGGCUUAGACUGGGACGACACGACUACAGUCCUGGAAACCCAUAAUCCUUAUUGGACAUUUUUUUAA